AUGGCUUCUAGUCAAGAGAUGGAUGCUACUAAGGAGGUGCCCGUUGCUGGCAAUGAGGGAGAUAAUGCUGUUGCUGCUGCUGACAUAGAUCUCAACCUUGAGGACUUUGUGACUCAACUCACGGAGCAGAAUAUUCUCGUUGGAGUGCAACAGUGCCGCAUCCAGAACUUGGAGGCUGAUUCUCUUAAGCUUCAGGCCUUGAUUGAGCAGCUGACCAGGGAGGUGCAGUCGAUCCCUAAGGAGAGCUACACCUCCAGCUUCAUUCAGGACCUGCAGACUACUCUCCAGUUCGUGCAGGAUCAGCUCAAGAAGCAAGAGAAACACAUCUCUGUGCUUCAGGCCCAGUACAGGGAGAUCCGGCGUGGAAACCUCUACCAGCCUGCUCCUGCAGCAGAGCGAGUUGCCAACGCCGCUAAUAGCCGGGCUGCACCUGUUGAUGCUCCUUCUACUGUUCCCCCUCCUACUGGAGCACGUGUUGAGCCUCCUACUGCAGCAGCAACUGCUUUUGGCUCCUGCCCUUCGGCCCUGCCUCGUUUUGUCCAUGGCAAAACUGACGUUGAGACUUGGCUCUCCAUUGCGGAGGACUUUAUGUCCAUCCACAAUGUGCGUAGCGAGGCUCGUGUGGUCGCUGCGACCCUUGCCCUGGACGAUAAUGCGAGCAAGUUGGUGUAUGCCAACAAGCGCCACGCAGAGGCUAACGGCCAUCCUUUUGGCUGGUAG